AUAGUUAGAUUAACUUAGCGCCUUCACGAUACUAACAAUGUCACAAGCACACAGCUCAGAUGAUGAAGCGGAUUUCAAGGCCGUUAACACAGCAAAUCAGCAGCGAAUAAAGGAAAAAGUAGCAAAGAUCAAUUAUGUCGAUGGAGUCGUCGAUGGACGCGAAAAGGUCUUUCAGUCGAGCUUUGAUCAGGGAUAUGCCGAUGGCUUACGUACUGGAAUAGAGAUAGCGAAAUUCAGGGCAUUCUACGAUGCAUUAAGUGACACCGAUGUUGAUGAUAAUUUGGCAAGAGAACAACUUGUCUACCAGGAUAUGAAAAUGGCCGAUGCAACAGAUAAAACACACUUUAAAUAUUUGGAAUAUCAAACUGAACCUUUAAGGAUUGUUUCCGAAAAGCAGAAGUUGUAUAUAGACGAGACAAUGAAAAACUUGGCCGGAGCACUGCCCACAACUACAAAUUUAUUCAGAUCAAAAGCGAAAUGAUUUAAUUAUUAACCUGGAGUUUAAUGCGUGUUUCUGUGAUUAGGAAUUACAAUAUGUGUUAACUGAAAA